UCACAACAAAAAUGUACUUUGGUUAGAUUCCUCAAAAAAGAAAAGCUUAUCGUUCUAUGGUACAAUCAACUGUCAAACGGAGAUUGAAAAUGAAAAAUAAAUAAAAACAAAUAAUAUUCAACAGUGCUGAAUCGCUUCUGGUAACAUGGAAUCAUACGGAGGCUCGAAACAAUCUUGUAACUAAAAAUCAAUUGAAGCAUAUUAACCGUUUUCAAUAAAAUUUUAAGUACGAAAAUGUUCGAGUUACCACCAGAAUAUUCUGAAAUGAUUGCUGCUGUUGCGAUUGGAGUCUUAUCUGCAAUUUUCAUUAGUGCAUUCGUCAUAUUAAUUAUGAUAUGUAGAAGGCAACAAGCUUUUAAGCAUUCGUAUGUAGACGGAGAAUUUUCAAGGCCGGAAGUAAUGCUUAUUUCUGACAAGUCAGAAGUUGAAAUCAAUGACAUAGAUUUAUCAAAAAGUAUGGAUGAAAUUCUUGAAGAUGAGCAGUGGGUAGGAGAUGCAACUGGGCUGAUACCUCAUUGCUUGUCGAUUUUGAAGAGUUGCAGAUAUUUGACUGAGAGAUUGGCUACUUUAGCUAUGGACACAACACACUCAAAAAGUGGAUUGAAUUUAAUUGUUGAGAAUGCUAAAAAAAUUUCCAGCAGAGUAGAUGAUAUGGUACAAAGUAUGUAUCCCCCUUUAGACCCAAGAUUAUUAGAGGCUAGAGCAGCAGCAUUGGCUUUGGCUGUAAGCCAUUUGGUUCUCGUUGCGAGAUAUGAAUGUGAGGAUAAAAAAAGAAAUUUCUCAUGGAUUGAUCAUUCUUUACUUGAAAUUAAUCAAAAUUUAAGUGUUUUGAGAUCUGCAGCUACUCUACCUGAAGCUAAUAAUCAGCAAGUGAUGCCUUGUUGAAUAGGAACUAUUUGGUAUAGAAAAAAUCUCUUUAUUAUAAGAAAGUACAAACCUUUUGGACAUAUUUUUUUUAUUCUAAAACAUAUUUUUAUUGAAAAAUUUAUAUUCUUGAAAUAUAUAGUUAUUUACAAUGGUA